ACAGCAGACAGAAGGACACUGGUGGUUUCUGACACCAGGGGGGUUAAAUCUAUCCACUGUCACCAGUAGUUUCUUUCUGCCCAUCAGUGGUCACAUACUGCACCCGGCUGCAACAUCCACCACAACAGAGCCGCCGCCGCCAUGGCAAUUACCGACUUUCUCGCUGCCUCCGACAUCACUUCAGCCAUUAACGCUUGUAAAGGGAAGGAUUCCUUCAGCCCCAAGAUGUUUUUCAAAACAGUGGGUCUAUCGAAGAAAACUCCGACAGAGAUCGAGGGGGUCUUUAAGAUUUUGGACCAGGACAAGAGCGGCUUCAUAGAACAGGAUGAGUUACAGCUGUUCCUGCAGAACUUCUCCAAAGGAGCGAGGACCCUGACGGCUGCCGAGACCAGAGCUUUCCUGCUGGAGGGAGACUCAGAUGGAGACGGAAAGAUCGGAUGGGAAGAGUUUUCUGCAUUGGUCAAGUCUUCAUAAAAUCAUGGCCGAUCGCUAUGAUAUGUCGUAUGGUGAUAUUCUCAGGGCAGACCUCCCUCUUACAAUGUUUGCUAGCUACAGUUAACACAACGGACUCAACCCGAAGAUUCUUAUGUGUUUAGAUUAAUAAUGUAUGUGGUAGAUUGAAUGGGAAGUGAUGUAAUAAAGAAAUUAAAGUAGACCACAAAAUCAAUGUCAAUCAAUGUGUUUUUCCCUGCCAGAAAAGAGAAUAAAUAAACAUACUUUUUCUCCAUGUGAUGUCCAUG